AUGGAAGAAAUAGCAAAUGCGCAGUUUGACAUAAUAACUAUGGAGGAUUAUCAUAUUGUAGCUUCCAGCUGUAAGGGUACGCAAUGUCACAAAAAUAUUAGAGAGGAUGCUUAUUGUUACAAAAAGCUUCAGAAUUGUCUUAUCGUUGUCGUCUGUGAUGGACAUGGCU